AUGGGGGUUACCCGACACACGGCGAAGGCCAAGGCCAAAACCGGGGCGAGCAAGGCCAAGGCCAAGGCUAAGCCCACGGCAGCGAAGAAGGCAAAGGACCCUGUCAAGGGCAAACUCAGCAACCUGGUAACACAAUGCAAGAAUGCAGUGAAGAAGUUGGAGGAUCACGACAGCGGCAAAGCAACUCUCAGCGAAGAGGAAGUCGGCAAGCUCAGAAGCAAGAAGAAAUUCUACGACGACUAUUGCCAAUUGCCUCGGAAUGCCACCGAGCAAAGGAUGCAAAUGCUCUCCUCCUGGGAGCAAGACAAGACAGGGAAGAUGUGGGCCGAGAAGAUCCAGUCCCUGGAGAGCGACAAGGCGACCACCGCCAGCAAGGUGGGUGGGUUCUUGUCUCGUUGGGAGAUCGCCGACCAGGAGAACCUGAACCUUCAGAUCCCCGAGCAGAAGAAGCUUUGGGAGUCCAUCCUCGAGGAAAUCCCCUGGGAUGAGGAAUGGAACCAAGAGGAUAAUCGUGAGCGAGCCCUUGCGAAAGCCGGGGAACGUCGCUACCACUACGGCAAAACCAAGAUGACAACGACAACGGACACAGUUCGUCACAAAGAGACGAUGCAGGCCGGGUACAACCUGAACGACAAGGAGAAGAAGCAGGCCCUGCAGGACAGCCCCAAUCAGCCUUCAAUCGAGGUCCGGGAUCCCCUUUUGGUUGCCUUGAGGUAA